CGCAUAUAUGGGGCAGGCUGUUUAUGUGUACUGGGUUUCCCCAGUAACAGGCGAAGAAAUCGAUCAGAGAGCUGUGCUCGUCUCCCGAGUUGUAGAGUAUAUGUGUGUCUGUAUUUCACACACACUGCAAGAUGCGCGAACCGCGCUACUGCUGGAAGGCACAGACCGGUUAAUAUUAGGCUCAUCUCUAACAAGCAGUUCGCGUAUGAAGCGUACCAGAUACCGUAUUUACUACACUAUGUCCAUACCAACAGAGUCGUACUGUUGUACGUGUGUUUACUUAAUCGAAUGUUGAAACACUGCUCGUUACGACGGAAUAAGUGCCAAUUCGGUGGAGGCAGUGCCCUUUUUUACAACACACUUAAAGUAUCGUUUUUUUUACGCUCGAUACUGGAUUCUGUUGGAUGUUUUUUUUUUUUUUACUGAAAGGUGAAAAAGCCAAUUCUCACCAAUGGUUUGUACCUGUGCCAACUGUUUCACCUGUCGGCAAGUUAACAGUGAUUAUUCAGCCAGCAAAUGGAGUACUAAGAGAAAGUGUAUUCACAUUGUACACACGUGGACCUAUAUAAAAUGAUUCCUUAUAGAUUAUCGUAACGCACCAUUGGGUUACAUGGAGUCUUUUCACUGGACGUAAGAUACCGUUCGUAUUGCAUGACCCGAGCAGCUACUGUUUACAUUUAACGACGGGCGUUCGACACUUUCUUCUCGAAUUUGUACUCGGCUAAUUAAUUUGUAUCUCUACUUCUGCUAAUUUCAUACACGUGCCUCCUUACAGGCAUGUUCCAUAUAUGUUUAUGUUUAUAAAUUUAACGACAACAUAAAGGUUUGGAUUGGAACUGUACUACGAUGGCUGAUAAUUCCUCGAUAGUUGGAUCAGUGGAGUGUCGGAAGGGAGACCGCAUGUGGUAUGCAUUUCUUGCUUCGAGUCUUGUGACGUUCGGUCUCGGCUUUGUAAUCAUCGUGAUAUGGCGGUUCCUGACGUGGAUAUGUUGUCGCAAACGGAACAAUGUCCAAGUGUUUUACAAGGCGGCGUCGGUCCCAGGGCAGAAACCAGGGACGGGAACCUCCCUGUUCAACAAGAACCCCGACCCGGAGAUCGGGUGGAUGACGGAGGCCAAGGAUUGGGCGGGAGAACUCAUUUCCGGGCAGACGACAACCGGCAGGAUAUUGGUUGGGCUGGUCUUUUUGUUGAGCAUUGCUUCCUUAAUCAUCUACUUCAUUGAUGCAUCAGCUAACGACGGUGUUGAAACAUGUCACCCUUGGUCGAUGAGCACCACUCAACAAGUUGACCUUGCAUUUAAUGUCUUCUUCAUGAUCUACUUUUUCAUCAGAUUUGUUGCAGCCAAUGAUAAGCUUUGGUUUUGGCUGGAACUCUUUUCAUUUGUUGACUACUUCACUAUACCUCCAUCUUUUGUCGCAAUCUACCUCGAUCGAAACUGGCUGGGCCUCAGGUUUCUCAGAGCCCUGCGGCUGAUGUCCAUUCCCGACAUCCUGACGUAUCUGAACAUUCUCAAAACCAGCACGCUGAUCCGGCUCGUGCAGCUCGUGGCAUACUUCGUCAGUCUGUGGCUGGCAUCGGCAGGAUUUCUACAUCUGAUUGAAAAUUCAGGUGAUCCCUUCUUUGACUUCAGUAAUGCCCACAAACUUACAUAUUGGGAAUGUCUGUACUUCCUGUUGGUUACCAUGUCAACCGUGGGUUACGGUGACGUGUCUGCAGAAACUGUCCUCGGCAAAAUGUUUAUUGUCAUCUACAUCACAAUCAGCAUUGGUUUGUUUGCCAGCUUUAUUCCUGAAAUAGCAGAGAUUCUUGGCAGAAGACAAAAAUAUGGUGGAACUUACAAAAAAGAAAGGGGGAAAAGGCAUAUUGUUGUGUGUGGUCAUAUUACAUUCGACUCGGUUUCAAAUUUCCUCAAAGACUUUUUACACAAAGACAGGGAAGAUGUAGAUGUGGAGAUUGUCUUCAUACACAAAGGUUUGCCUGACCUUGAGUUGGAGGGUCUGCUCAAGAGACAUUUCACCCAAGUUGAAUAUUUUCAUGGCACAGUCAUGGAUGCCAAUGAUCUUGACAGAAUUAAGGUCCGUCAGGCCGAUGCCUGUUUGGUGCUUGCUAACAAAUAUUGCCAGGAUCCAGACCAAGAGGAUGCGGCGAACAUCAUGCGGGUGAUCUCCAUAAAAAACUUCUACUCUGAAAUCAAGGUCAUCGUGCAGCUGCUACAGUACCACAAUAAGGGCUAUUUGCUCAAUAUUCCCAGCUGGGACUGGAAACGAGGUGAUGAUGCUGUCUGCAUUGCUGAACUCAAACUCGGAUUCAUUGCCCAGAGCUGUCUAGCACCAGGAUUCUCCACUCUGAUGGCAAAUCUUUUCACCAUGAGAUCAUACAAACAUGGCUGUGACAUGGCUCAGUGGCAGGCGGACUACAUGCGGGGUACGGCCAUGGAGAUGUACACAGAGUAUUUGUCAAGUGCCUUCAACGCGAUGACCUUCCCUGAAGCAGCAGAGCUUUGUUUUACAAAACUGAAGCUUUUGCUGUUGGCAAUAGAAGUUCGGCAAGAGGAUAUAAGGGAGAGCACUCUAGCCAUCAAUCCUGGUCCCAAGGUUAAAAUAGAAAAUGCUACACAAGGCUUCUUUGUUGCUGAAUCAGCUGAAGAAGUUAAAAGAGCUUUCUAUUACUGUAAAAGUUGCCAUAGUGAGGUCACAGAUGUACGAGCUAUUAAGAAAUGUCGAUGUCGACCAUCCCUUCAGCGAUCUGAAACCUCUAACAACCCCCGUGCUACACCACUUGUUCCUCCCAUAGACGUUUCAGCCAAGGAGAAAAAACCUAUGCAAACUGAGUCCAAAGCAGGUUCUCAUACACAAGUAGAAAUCACCCAGUAUGGGCAGCUAACACAUACAAACAAUCCUGUUACAAGUGGAAACAGUCUAGAAUGCACAACAAACAUGGCAGACCGUCUUGCACCAUCACCAUCAGGAGAUUCCCACCUGAGUGCAAGUGAAGAGCCGCGCAGAUUUGACUCAACAGGAAUGUUUCACUGGUGUCCCGAUCGGCCCCUUGAAGAAGUUGUCAUUGCUAAAUGUCGUUCAAAGGAUCGAAGUCAGGCCAGUCUGUCUGGUAUGUACAACCACGUGAUAGUGUGUGUGUUUGCCGAUGCUGCAUCACCUCUGAUUGGUCUGCGUAACCUGGUGAUGCCACUGCGAGCCAGCAAUUUUCACUACAAUGAGCUGAAGCAUGUCAUCAUCGUCGUUGGCAAUCUUGAUUACAUCCGCAAAGAAUGGAACUCUCUCCAGAACUUUCCCAAAUUGUCCAUCUUGCAUGGACUUCCAUUGAACCGAGCCAACCUGCGAGCAGUGAACAUCAACCUUUGUGAUAUGUGUGUGAUAGUGUCUACAAAAGACAAAAACGUAGAUGAUCCCAACUUAGUGGACAAAGAGGCCAUCUUGUGUUCUCUCAACAUCAAAGCGAUGACCUUUGAUGACAGUAUUGGUCUCAUGCAGUCUUCAAACGUAGCAAGCGCAGGUUUUCUCCCUUCAGGGUUCUCUCCCCUUGGCAGCCCAUCAAAUUCUUCAAGAAGAGGCUCUGUUUCUGGUUCAAAUGUUCCACUUAUCACAGAGCUAGCCAAUGAUUCGAAUGUACAGUUCUUGGACCAGGAUGAUGAUGAUGAUCCGGACACCGAGUUAUAUAUGACUCAACCGUUUGCAUGUGGCACAGCAUUUGCUGUCAGCGUUCUCGACUCCCUCAUGAGCACGAGUUACUUCAAUGACAAUGCUCUAACGUUAAUUCGCACUCUGAUAACUGGUGGCGCCACCCCCGAGUUGGAGCAGAUUCUAGCAGAAGGUGCGGGAAUGAAGGGAGGCUACUGCACUCCUACAGUUUUAGCAAACCGGGAUCGAUGUCGCGUCGCCCAGGUGUCUCUGUUCGACGGACCGUUAGCACAGUUUGGGGAAGGCGAUAAAUAUGGUGAUCUCUUUGUUUAUGCAUUAAGACAUUAUGGCAUUCUAUGUAUUGGACUGUACCGGUUCCGUGACACUAAUGAAUCGGUAAAGAGUCCAUCUUCCAAGCGAUAUGUGAUAGCAAACCCACCAGAGGACUUCAAACUGCUGCCAACUGACCAGGUUUAUUGCCUGCAGCCCUUUAACUUCAGUGAAACAGUAAAGAAAUCCAAACGGAAGACACAUCGAACACCGACACCUAGAACAGAGGCAACGAGAAAUGAAACAGAGUCAUAGGUCUCAACAACAGUUUCAGGAAACCUGUGAUUCUGUAUUCUCAGAUACAGUUUUUUACUCUAAUGUCUAGACCUGGGUCUAGGGAAUUUUAUAUCAUAAAGAUAUCUUGGUCCACAUUAAACAGACAAUGUUAUCUUGUGCAGUUAUAACCAAUGAUUGAAACCCAGUGAUGAAGACACUAAUGACUAUUUGCAAUUGAGUUUUGUGUCUUUAAACAACCAAGAAGAUCCAACUCAAAACAGUUGGGGGUUUUUUCAUUCAAGGUUCAGGCAUAUCCCCCCUGGACCCUGCCUCUGGUAUAGCCAGUGGCUUGGUCCAGGGUAGAUCCAAGGAGAUCUGAACAAUGUGGCCUUUACAGAUGUUGGACUGUUCAUAAAUAUGAAAGUCAGUGUGAUGAUUUAUGAAGAUGGGGAAAUAAUGCCAGUUGUUUCAAUGGACAGUGGUCUUCAAUACAAUGUGACUGUAAUUCCACUGACAGGAUACUCAACUACACAAAUCUGUUAUGGAUGACAUUGUGCUAAAAUGCUUGAAAAACAAACAGAAAUACAAAUGUAUUAGUAAGAGCAUUUUGCACAGUGCCCUAAUAAAUCGAAUGCAAUCUUGCUUACCAUGAUAUUAUCUAAAGAUGGUUUUCUGAUUUGUCAAGCAAGAUGCAAUAUAGAGAUGGGUUUUUUAUAUAUAAUAUACAUUUUGAUAAAAAUAUAUUGGACAUCCAGAAUAUUAUGCAGAGAUGUAUUCUGAUAAGAUGCAUUUGUUACAAUGAUAUUAAACUAGCAGAUACCCAUCAGAAAUGUUUACCAUUAUAGAUACGCAGAAUACUACUUCAAAACUCUUUUGAUCAACUGACAUUUUACCAUAAGAAUGAAGAGAGAUUGAUCAUAAUUUAAUAUUGAGGUAAUAAAGGUAUUUUCUGAUAAAGAAAGACCCCAUGUGCAUAUUUUCAUUCAAAGAUGCUUUCUGGAAAUAAAUUAUCUGAUUAACAUAAUAUAAGAUUCUGAUGGUAAGGGACUUGAUGACAAGAAACCAGUCUAAAAGAUUCCACUCAGAGAUGCAUUCUAAUGGUAAGGGACUUGACGACAAGAAAUCAGUUUAAAAGAUUCCACUCAGAGAUACAUUCUGAUGGUAAAGGACUUAAUAAAAUCAUACCUCAUUGCAUGAUAUUGUCAACAAAAAAGGGAGGUCAGACCUAGAGAAUGCUCUAUGACGAAGUGUCCUAGUCACGAGGUUAGAGUUUCGACCAAAGUAUUGGUAUAUCAAGACGUGUUGUGGUAAGGAAACAAGAAAUUACUAUAUCAAGACAUUCUGAUGAAAACUGAAAAAUUGUCAUAUCAAAACAGAUUGCUAUAUCAGAAUACAAUUCAGACUAAGAAUACCAAAUCAGCAGAGGUUCUGAUAAACGUUACGAUAAGACAAGAGAUUGAUGUAUAAAGGCACAUUCUUAUGAAAAGAGUUCAGAGUGACAUUGUUCUCAUGAUAGACAUCUGAACAAUUAAAUACCACUAAAAGACCAUCAGCAAUGUGCAAUAUAAAAGUUAUAUACUGAGAGAUAUUCGGCUAAAUAUUAUUGAGAAACCCCAAAGUGUACACUACAAGAGAUACCCACUGAUAGAUAACCAGCUAUGAAACUAUUGUUGUGAAACUCAAAAAGUGUGUACUAUAAAAUAUAUUAAAUAUGACUGAAGAAGCACAGCAGUACACAUUAUAUCUCUGAGAACACAAAAAGUGUGCAGUAUAACAGAUACGUUUUGAUAGAGAUUAACCGGAUAAAUACCAGUGAGAGAUGACCAGCAGUGCAAUAUAAAAAUAUCUUCUGACAGAGAAUACGGUGCAGUUAAGUACUGGGCUAGACGAACUGGAAAUAGCCGUUCAAAGAAAAAGCUGUUUAUUCUGAUGCAUUCUUUAGCAACCAAGCAGUUUUGAACAGCAGAACAAUUAUAUUUACCAUAGACUGUGAUGUGUCCUAAUUUAUGUAGAUACAAUAACUCAUACUUUUGGUUACAUUGCCAGUUCUACUACUUGAGCUCCAUGCAUUGGUGGUAUGGUGAGUUUUUAUUUGGUGCAUUUUGAUAUGUGUAGACCAUCCAAACAGGCAUGUGUGCAGAAAUUUUAUGCAGGAGUGAAGGGAGGGGUCUAGACUGGUGAGCGAACUUUAUAGAGGGGGUCAAAUCAUGCACCUCCAAAUCAUUUAUUGAAAAAAAAGAGAAAAUUUGCUCGAGUAGGGUGGAGUGAAGGUUCCACCAACCAAAACGCUCCCCCUGCACAUGCACCUGCUAAACUGUUGUCACUUAGUUAGCACUGGUUACUCUUUGACAUGUCCAUAUUUGUUCUAAGUUACACUAGAGUUCCAUCAAAGAACAAAGAAGAAAAUGAAAAAACAAAAACAAAAAACCACCCAGUAUGGACAGUGUUUUCCUUUAUACCUCCUGCUGAAGACAUCCCACUAGUUUGAAGGUCUGCUACUUCAAAUGUCUGCAACUCUGAAACUGUCUAGAAUGUUCAUCAUAAAUGUUAAGUCAUUUCAUGGCUGUUGUUCAAUUGGUAUUCUUUGUGUUUUGUGUACACGUUAUUGCAACAUGGUGUACCUCCAGGAUUGGGGUUGGGGUUAGGACCUUUCAAGUAGGGGACCUUCUGAAUAUACACAUGCCAUGAUUGCCAUCCCUCCUAAUAAUGUCAGAAGUCACUACUGAACGCAUGCUUACAGACUGAACCGCAAAAUGAUAGGCAACCUUCACAAGAGUCAGGACUGGGUUGUAGGAGGUGAAUCUCAAGUAAGAGACAGUUGCUGUAGUAGGGUGAAGUGUUUUGUUUUUAUUACUGAUAUUAACAGAAUGUGUAGUAGUGGUUUUACUGGUGUUAAUAUUGUGAAUAACAGGAAAUGUGUUGACAAAAAUAGACCUUGAGCUUGUGUCAUCUUUUAUAGUGUUUGUUGUACUUUGUUCUGUUUGCUAUGUAUGUGCAAGAUAUGCCAGUUUUUUUAUUGAAACAAUUCUUCCUAUUUCUUCAUAUAGUACUUUUUGUACUUAUUAUAAUAUUAAUAUAACCUUAAAAACACUUUCUGAAUACUCUGAAAGUAUUACAUUUUCAAACUUAACUUUAUUUUUGAAUUGUCAUUAGACACAAAAAACAAUACUCUCGUACUCCAUUUUCUAUUUGUUUGUAUCCUUUUAAUGAUACUUAGUAUAGACCUGCUGUGAUAACCGUAUAAAUACAUAACCCUGUGCUCAUGAAUGUGAUGUAAAGGCAAUUAAGCUCAGAUUCAUUUUACUACCGGUAUUUCAGUUGAAGUAACGUUGCUAACCUUUUUAUCACUACUUUGAAGUAAAACGGAAGUGCUGGUGUUUAAAAUUGUUACAUUUUUACUUUGAAAUCAUGUAAAUUCAAACUGUUUCUGUAUUUUUGUCUUCUAUUGAUACUUGUCAAUAUGGGGUUUAUUUAGAAAUAUAUUUGGGGUUUUUUUGUCAAUAAAUGGCUAAUUAAUUUUGCAGUAUUUGUAUAUUUCAAUUUAUGCAGGGAAGGACCAUUUUGUAGUGUAUUUAAAAAUUUAAAUGGUCAAUUUGAAGUAUAUUUCAAUUUUUCCUUGCUUUCAAGUGGAAAACAUUUCCAUAUGAUUUGAUUGGAAGGGGGGGUCUUCAGUUUUUGGGACUGGUUUGGAUUUUGUUUUUCGGGAGUUUUAAAAAUUAUUUAUUGUUUUUAUUGGGGGAGGUGGGGUGGGGGGAGGUCUCUUGCUUUCAAGUGGAAAAAAUGCUAUAUGAUUUUUUUCUUGUUUUUGGGAUUGGUUUGGGUUUUGUUUUUGGAAUUUUUUUAUUGAGGGGGGAGGGGGUAGUAUUAUAUUUUUUCUCCAUGAGCUUUCAGCUGCUGCAGAGUUGAUCUCACCUCCUUGUGAUUAUAUUGUGGUUGUGAAUACAUGUACUAGUUUUCCCUUGAAGUAAAUCUGCUAGCACAUUCAACUUUUAUUCUUAAAAGGAUGGCAACAGAUAUUAACUGAUAUCAUAGAUAUAUUUUAUUUAUUUUAAUAUUAGGUUAUAAAUUAAUAAAAUUAGAAAAGGAUAUAUUAUUAUUAUUAUUAUUAUUAUUUAAAUUACAUGUGAAUAUUUUAUUUAUAUUAUUAUAUUUUAUGUUAGGUUAUAAAUAAAUGAAAUAUAAUUUUUAAUUGUAUAUGAUAAUUUAACUUUCUAGCAUUCUACUUUUAAUGCUAAUGAAUAUGACAACAGAUAUUCAGUAAUAUCAUAUUACAUAGAUAUAUUUUAUUUAUUUUAAUAUUUAGAUAAUUUUAAAAUGUAUACUGUGCAUAUUAUCAUUAAUUUUCCAGUUCUACACACAAUAAGUGUGAUUUUAAAUACUUACUGUUUCUUUCUGUAAUUUUGACUUUUUGUACACCUAGCUUAAAUAAAUUGGAAAAAUUUUUGUUAAAGAUGAGGAAACUACAUGUGUAUGUUGACUAAAUUAUGGUUAAAUGUAUCUAUAAAGACAAGGGAUCUGCAUUCAGGUUAAAGUGUAUAUAUUUAUAUGCUGAAGGAAUGUGCCACAAUGCAUUCUGUCUGUAGACGGUUGUUUUACAAGAUUUGCUAUUGUUGACUAAAAAAUAUACAAAAUUGUACUUGCUCUGUAAAUGUGUAUUUACUGUAUAAACAGAAUGCAUAUAUAUAUAUAUAUAUAUAUAUAUAUAUAUAUAUAUAUAUAUAUAUAUAUAUAUAUAUAUAUGUUGCAUAUGUCAGGUAUACUAUAAAGAUAUACCUGGUAACUUAAAAGAGAACCCCCGAGAAAUGUUGUAUUGUGUGAACCACGAUAACAAGAACACGUGUGUUGAUCCAACCAGGUGUUUGAUCACACUGUGAAAACUAUUUUGAUGUACUUAAACAGUUAUUUUUUGUGUUUUUCUACUUUUUCUAAUCUAAAAUCAGGAAAAUAAUUACUGUAUUUUUAUUGAAAUAAAAGUUAAUUGUGAGACCGUGAAUAUGUUGAUGAAAUUUAAUGUGAGAUUUAGAAAUUACUGAUAUUAAUGUUGAAUGUAUGAUUGAGAAAAUAUGUUGAUGGUAUUUUAAUGUGAGAUUCAGAAUUUUGAUAUGUUUAUAAUACUGAAUGUGAAAUUCAGAUAGUGAUGUUGCUGAGUUUCACUGUGAGAUUCAGAAUACCAGUAGUGAAUGUUAGCAUAUUGAUUUAUGAUCAAGAACAAUGUCAUGUUGUUGGUAUUGAAUGUAAGAUUUAGAAUAGUAAGGUUGCUGACAUCCAGUGUGACUGUGAAUAGUGAUAUAUUGAUAUUAUUGAAUGUGAAAUUCAGAAUAGUGAUGUUGAUGAUAUUGAAUGUGAAAUUCAGAAUAGUGAUGUUGUUGAUAUUGAAUGUAAAAUUGAAAAUAUUGAUAAAUUGAUGGCACUGAAUGUGACAUGCAGAAUGGAGAUAUAUUGGGUUUUGAAUGUGGGAUUCAGAAUAGUGGUGUUGAUUCUGUCCAAAAAUAAACAGUUUUGGGAUUGGUCAAUUGGCUAAAUUCUAUAACAUUUAUUAUAUGAAUUUACUUUCUCUCUCUUACUCGCUCUGUCUGUCUGUGUCUCUCUCUGUCUGUCUGUGUCUCUCUCUGUCUCUGUCUCUCUCUCUCUGUCUGUCUCUCUCUCUCUCCAUAUAUAUAUAUAUAUAUAUAGUCAACAUAACAUCAAUGAGGUCAUUUGAGAAUUGGAAAAUAUAAGGAUAAUAAUAUGUUGAUGACAUUAAAUGUUAGGUUGAUAAUGACUAUGUUCAUAGUGUUCAGUGUGAGAUAACAGUGGUAUGUUGUGUUGUUCGUAGUGAGACUGAGAACAAUAUUUAACUGAUAACGAGAGUGAGAUGAGAAACAAAUUUAUAUUAUCAUAUUUUAAUACCAAAUGUUGAAGUGAGAAAAUUUAUAAAUAGUUUUUAAUGCAAAAUGUUUUGUUUUUUUAUACUUAUAAAUAGCAAUGUGAAUGGAUGUUACUGAUAUUAAAACAUGCAAGGUUUAUGUAAUGGUAUUAAAUUAAAGAUUGUUUAAUGUUAAACAAAAUAAUCUGAAUAUGAUACUACAUGUAAAUUUAAAAACUGAUGAAAGAAAGUUUGCUUUAAAGAUAUUAAACAAGUUAAAUUCAUAAUAAUGAGGCUUUGAUGAUACAGAACGAAAGAGUUAAAAAAAACUACUACAUGCAUGUAAAAAUAGACUGGACCUCAUCUACAUAACCAUUACUUUUCAGAAGUAUGUGCAUUUUAAGAAUUAUGAAAAAUUUAUUUUGUGGUAUUAGAAACAGUUAUACGAAAAUGGAUAACCUAAACAAUAAAAGUAAUUAUUUAUUUCAAUUAUGGCUUUAAUAGUGAAAAAAUACACUGAUGUUUAAAAACUAGAGUCCGUCACUUUAACAUCAUGUGCCACUCAUUACUACAAGCACAGAUAUAGAUUUGAAUGUUUUAAAGGCAGUGAAUACGAGAUGCAAGAUUUUAAAAUUUCUACUUACUUUAUUUUGCAGAGUAAAGUAUUUAUUUAAGAUUGUUAAAUGUAUUUAUUUCACAUUUUACUGUGCUAUUAGACAAACAACACUCAUGUUGUUAAUAAAACAGGAUGAAUGAUGUGAUGGAUGUGAGUGAAUGAGGGUGUUUAGAUAAAACCUAAAUCACAUUAUACAACGCGACACAACUCAAUAGUCUAGUCGAGUAAUGUCGUGUAGUACAUUUGUGUAUGUAUCGAAAACCAGUUGCCUGUGACUGCCUAACGGCAUUUGACAUGACUGAACAUGUUCGAUUGCAGACAAAGGUCGUGGCUCACGAUGUGACGCAACCGUCUAGUUGAGUCGUGUCAUCUGUGAUCUAGGCUUUAGAUGUCAGUAAUUCAAGUCUAGUAAGCUAAAUUGUUUGUGCACAGCUGAAGGACACAAGCUUAAUUAAUGUUUAUCAGUACAGAAUUGUUUUCUCUUAAAAUCAUUGUUACAUCUAUUCUGUCACCAGAUUUUUACGAGUGGUGUGAAAUUUAUUAAUAAAUAAUGAAGAAAGUU